AUGUUAAUUAAUGCUCUUGUGGAGGUGCCGACGUUUGUUUUGACUACAAUCUUCAUAGAUAGAUUUGGGAGGAAGCAUCUCGGAAUUGGAAUGCAGUGGUUCAGUGGGAUCUUUUGCAUUAUCGACAACUUGUUGGGAAGCCAAGGGAUUUGGGAAGUGUUGACGACGGCGUGUGGCGUUUUGGGAAUAUUUGGGAUGGCGGGGACUUACAAUCUGAUGUUCAUAUACGCAAUGGAGUUGUUUCCAACAGUGGUUAGAAACGCAACACUUGGAUGUGGGAUGCAGAUCAUCCAGUUUGGUGCUAUUAUUGUAACAUCCCAAAAUCCGGGGCCAAAAAUUUCACUUUUGGUUAGGUGA